UACCCCUCCCUAAUAUCAAAAAACACCAAAACAACCAAAACCAAGAACAGCACCAAAACCAUAUCAAAACCAAAAACCAACAACACAUCAACAAAAAUGGCUACAGCUUUGUCAUAUUCAGACUUACGAAAGCAAGCAAGGCAUCUUGAAAAUGAAGUCGACUUAAAAUUAGUUGCAUUUAGUAAGUUGGGAGCAGGUAUAAAAUCUCCACAUAAUGCUGCUUCCUCCGAUUCCGUUCCUCUAUUAUCUAGCGAUGAUACUUUUGAAGCGAUGUCUGAGGAAAUUGAACAGAUGUUAAAUAAGUUAACCCAAAUUAAUGAAAGGCUAGCAGAACAGCCCAUUUCAGGGGCAGCAAUGCUUCAUACUAUUCAAAGACACAGAGAAAUUCUUGCUGAUUUACUAAGAGAUUAUCAUAAGACAAACUCGCAACAUGAAAGUCGUAGGGCAAGAGAAGAUCUAUUAAGAGGUUCCAGUGAUACCUUUAGAAAUGAUGGAGUAAAUAAUAGAAGAGAUAUGUACCUAAAAGAGAAUCAGCAUAUUCAUAAUUCGGAUCAUUUAAUAAAUGAACAAAUUGCAAUUGCUGUUGAAGCUAGAGAUCAUCUUUCUAGUCAGCGUCAAACGCUAAAAAGACUACAGACAAGAUUCAAUGAUAUUUCUAAUAGAUAUCCAGUUAUUAAUAGUUUGAUAAAUCGUGUGAAUAUAAAGAAAAAGAAAGAUUCAAUUAUAUUAGGGUUAGUUGUUGCAUCUUGUACAAUUCUAAUGUUAUACUAUGCUUUCAGCUAGAUGAUAGUAUAGGCAUUUGAUAUUAUUUUUUGUUCUUUAAGCCUAUGUUUAAGAAUAUUCUUUUUAUAUAUAUAUUUUUAGAUAUGGGGAAGUGUAGUAAUGUUAUGUAUUCAUAAAAGUGAUCUAAUAAGACAAAAAUGUUUAAUAAAAAAUAUUU